UGGCAGUGCGCACCCCAAGGAGGGGAAACAAAAUCUUAUAUGACUUUUGAAAGAUUCUUUGAAACACCAGCAAAAAAAGCAGCACCUCUCAUUCCACAAAAACGGAGUAAAGGGUUCGAACUGUGCAUGAAUUCAAAAGGGCGAACCAUAAGUCACCGGACUUCGAGUAACAGACAUCGGAAGUUACAGCCAUUCAGGUACACAUGAGCCUGUUAUUUUGUCAUAUAUAACAACAACAGCCGCAACAACAACAGCAAAUUGGUAAAUUAAAAACAGCCUUCAAAUAUAUCCGGAAUAAUUAAUUGGAAAUCGUAAAAUAUAUAUAUACACAUAUAUGUAUGCCUAUAUACAUAUAUGUAUAUAUUUAAUUAUUCAUUCAAAAAGAACCGAAUAGGAGCGCUGAAAAAGCAAAUAUACACCGAGAAGGCGAACGCCAAUGCGAAAGCGAAAGCAACACCAACU